AUGUUGCUCGCUUCAACUACUUUUACCCAGCAAGGAGUUCUGACGCUUCGUCUUGGACAACACGGAAUUUUUGUGAUCAACAAGCAAGCCCCCAACAGGCAAAUCUGGCUUUCAUCCCCACAAAGUGGUCCAGCACGCUUUGACUGGUUACCAGGCCAGGGUUGGUCUGUUGUACCCUCUUGUCAAACUCCCUCCCCUGCUGUUCUGCGCUCCAUCCUUUUCCACCUCCUUCCGUUCCUUCCCCUUCGCCCAGCCCCCACUGCCCCCUCCGCCGCUUCGCCGUGCAAAUCCCCUUCCCUUUCCCGCUUUGCUCUCUCCAGCUUCCCUCCCCACUCCGCUCUCGCGCCGCUUUGUACUUCCAUCUGGGCCUCCAUCCUUCCCUCCCUCCCUCUCCCUGUCCCUCCAUCCCUUUCUUCCAUUUCCCUUGCGUUUUUGUUUUUCCACUUGUCGUCUGACUGCCCUCUUCUGCCGUUGCCCCCCAUCUGUCUUUCAGCAUUCCCUUUCCCCGUCCCUUCGUUCUUCCCUGCACACCCUUUUCCCUCCUUGUCCUUGCCCCUUUUCCCUUCCAUCACCACCCUUUGUUUCCCUCCUUUGGCCCUCCUUCCGUCACUCGUCUCGUUUCACCCUCCUCUCCUCGUCUCGUCCAUUCUCCUUUCACGCCCAUGUUUGCUUCUUCCUGCAUUCACCCCCUCCCAUUUUUUUCUGAUUGCUCCUGAGGUGCCUCUCACCCCUCACUCUCCUCUUUCUUGCCUGGCAUCCCGCUCCCCACUGGCUUUCCCUCUUAGCUUCCUCCUCUCCUUUCCCUCUAAGUUGGGAACCUGA